AUGUCUUCCAAUACAUCUCGACCUGCUUCGCAGCUAGGGAUUACUACCGAGAAUCCUACUUCAUCCCCACUGUCAGAAAAUAAACCUGACGAUGAUAUGGAAAAAGCAAAGCAGUGGACUUAUUACAUUGAAACACUUAAUCGUACAAUUGAUUGUAUAUAUGAAAUAUGCCUCAAAGAGCAUACAGUUAGCGGAUGUAAAGAAGCUUUGUUAUAUCUUUCGAGUUCUGUCCGUGAUUUUGAAUCACUUAUCAAAGCUAUUGAAUUGGAGGUCGCUUGGGAAGAAGAAGGCAAUAAACGUCAUGCAGUUGCAUGGGAAAUUCGUAAAGGAAUAACACCAACCGGAAAACCAAAAGUUGAAGGGCCGAAGAAGAAAGAUGCAGAUUCACUCAUUACUAUGCUCAGGCUGUUAUUGACCUAUACGUUGUCUCGAAUGUGUGAUAAAAACAAUGAAUCCUAA